AUGGAGAUCGAUGGAAUUCCUGCCUUGGCUUCCGAUACAGAUUUACAGAAAAUCAAACCCAUCAAUAGUAAAAAAUUACUGGCUUAUAUCAAUUAUUACAUUACUUAUACGGUCAAUUUUGUGAAUCGCUUUUCUUCUGUGAAUGAAGAGAGGUUAGAGGAAGUUACCACGCGAUUGCAAAAGCUCGAAGUAGCCAUGGCAGUUUUAGAAGCAAAAUUAUCGUCCGUGCCAGGCUUAGAAAAUGUGACUGCAGAUUCUCAGGAUCAACCGACGGUACAGCAACAGCAAUCUACGGUACAGCAACAGCAAUCUACGAUACAGCAACAGCAAUCUACGGCUACCGAAGGCCUACAACAAGAUAACAUUCAACAAUCUGAAGGGGACUUUAUCGCACUUAAAGAUGAUGCCCGGUAUAAAAAGUUUUUCAGUAUGUUACGUGUUGGCAUACCAAAUCAAGCAAUCAAAUUAAAAAUGACGGUAGAAGGAUUGGAUCCUGCAAUGCUAGAUUUUUCACCGGAUGAUCCAGCCCCUGAUGGUGGUGUACGAGACGAAGAUGACUUUGGAAGCGUCGACGGCAACAAUUCUGCAGAUAAUUUCAGCGAUUAA